AUGCAUUUCUCAAGUCUUGUUAUUCCAUUCCUAUUACCUGCGGCAUAUGCUCAGCUUCAUACUCUCGCAAAAGCAGCUGGCCUGAAAUACUUUGGAACCGCAACAGACAACAACGAACUCACUGACACGGCGCUUGUUGCUGCCCUCUCGAACACCAGCGAAUUUGGCCAGAUCACGCCAGGGAAUUCACAAAAGUGGGACUCGAUCGAACCCAGUCCGAAUACGUUUGCCUUUACGAAUGGCGAUGUCGUGACCGCACUGGCAAAGAAAAAUGCACAAAUGCUACGAUGCCACACUUUGGUAUGGUUUCAACAGCUGCCGGCAUGGGUGCAAAAUGGCACAUGGACAAAAGAAACUCUCACUGCGGCGCUUCAAAACCACGUCACCAAGACCGUGACCCACUACAAAGGCCAAUGCUAUUCAUGGGACGUUGUAAAUGAAGCGCUAGAACAAGAUGGCACAUUUCGGAAGUCCGUAUUUUUCACGACCAUUGGAGAGGAUUAUAUUCGGAUAGCAUUCGAGGCUGCUGCUGCUGCUGACCCGGAUACGAAGUUGUACUAUAACGACUUUAGCAUCGAGAACCCUAGCCCAAAAACUACGGCUGCGCUAAAUAUUGUGAAGAGCCUGAAGGCGUCGGGAACUAAGAUCGAUGGUCUGGGUUUGCAGAGCCAUUUUAUCGUUGGGUCUACCCCAUCAAAAGAAGUUCAAAUUGCCAACUUGAAAUCCUUCACUGCGCUCGGUGUUGAGGUCGCGAUCACAGAGCUAGAUAUCCGCAUGACGCUGCCUAGUACCGCUGCCCUCAACUCUCAACAGAGCGUCGACUACCAAAACUCAGUCGCAGCAUGUGUUGAGGUUGAAAACUGCGUCGGAGUUACAGUCUGGGACUUUGAUGAUAAGUACUCCUGGGUUCCAUCCACUUUCCCCGGCACUGGAUCCGCAUGCCUCUUUAAUGAAAACCUCGUCCGAAAGGAAGCGUACUUCGGCGCCGUCGCGGGGAUUACAGGUGCCUCGGGUACUGGCACGAAUUCAACAGUCGGUAAUAAGAAAAGCUCAACUGAAAUCUCUCAAUCUGGGAACACAACAACUCUCAAUGUACCGGGAUGUAGUUUUCCGGGCUCAACUGCACCGGGUUCAAAUAAACCAGGGUCCAGCCGGCCGGGCUGUAACAUAUCGAGGCCAAACGGAGCUGGAUCCAACAAUACGGGCUCUACCGCAACAGGCUCUACCGCAACGCCCUCCAAAGCACCAAACUCCAAUGCAUCAGGUUCCAACUCAUCAAGCUCUAAUGCACCAUCAUCUAACCAACCGGCUUCUAAUACGACAAAUUCACCUAUCUCAUCACAGCUCCCUGUUAGCAGCUCAUCGGCCAUCCUUGAUAAUCCACUAUUUAUCCUCUUGACCGUAUUUUCGGCUUCCAUGUCUGCAUUGUACCUUGUAUAA